CCUCGCUGUAACCAAGACAGAACCUGUAGGGGUGUAUGUGUCGUUUUCAUAGCUAGUUCUCAAUGAAUUAGUAGCAUGGUGACUUUGAAGCUCUCAGCAGUUGCAAAUGUGGCGUCAAGGCGGUCAAAAUCUUCUGCGGCGAGCCUCACUACCAUACCACAGAUGUGGAAUCAGACAAAUCAUUACUGGUUCGACAUCAUCAUCAUCGAGCCCAAGUGUGUCGAUAUGGAGGCGCAAGAAAGAAAUGGGGAAAGAAGGUUUAAUGGUCGCUAAGGAGCUUAAGCGCUUACAGUCUAACGCGGUUAGGUUUGAGAGGUUUAUGAAGUCACAUGUUUCUCGUCUACUUAAAUCUGACCUCCUUGCUGUUCUUGCUGAGUUCCAAAGACAAAAUCUUGUUUACCUCUCCAUCAGGUUGUACGAGGCUGUGCGCAAAGAAAUAUGGUAUCGGCCAGACAUGUUCUUUUACAGGGAUAUGCUUUUCAUGCUUGCAAGAAACAAAAAGGUAGACGAAACAAAGAAGGUAUGGGAAGAUUUGAAGAAAGAAGGGGUGCUUUUUGAUCAGCACACAUUUGGCGAUCUUGUCAGGGCUUAUCUAGAUGGUGGAUUACCUGCAGAGGCAAUGCACAUAUAUGAUGAAAUGAGGCGCUCUCCUGAUCCUCCUAUGUCUUUACCUUAUCGUGUUAUAUUGAAGGGGCUACUUCCUUACCCCGAAUUGAGAGAAAAAGUGAAGGAUGAUUUUCUGGAACUGUUCCCAGAUAUUGUAGUCUAUGAUCCACCUGAAGAUCUAUUUGAUGAGGAAGAAUGGAGAAAGGAGAGCGAUGAUGAUUAGAAUAUGCUGUUGACUUGAAUUUUCUCAAUGGCAUUUAAAUUUUCCUCUGGUCAACAAGAUAGUGGAAUGGUAAAUAGGGAGUGCUUUGGCAGCAGAUCAUAAAUCUUUUAAGUUGUUGAACAAAUGGUUGCUUCUGAUUUUGAGAAUUUGAAAUGUGACCCAGAAAAACUGUGGAAAAUUGGAAGUUCGUAAGCGGGUAUGAAGCUUAGCUAUAAUAUCUAAACUGAACGUUAGUUGGGUGCUUUUAAUGAAGUUGAUAUCAUUUUCUGCAA